UUCUUACUUGUUUUGUUAUGAUAUUUAGUCAUUUCCAGAAUCUACUUUUUCUUUUUUACCUUUUAUAGUUGAGGCAUGCAUCUAAUUUCUUAUUAUAUAUAGAGCAUUCAUAAAUCCAUUUCUUUUUAUUUUAAAGUUUUCAUUUCGAUUGUAUCAUCAGAAAUGUCUAAAGCCACUGUUAUUGCUAUCUUUAUGGUCGUUCUCGUUCUAGGGAUGGUGACGAAAGAGACGCAAGGACAUACGUGUGUUGACUAUUUUGAAGUAACACUCCCAGAUGUAUGUGAAGCUAAUUGGUGUACCAGCGAUUGUCUUAAGGUGCACAACGGAAAAGGCACGUGUUGGCAAAAAUUUUGCCAAUGCAUUUAUGAUUGCUGAUAUUUGAUGUUCAUUUUCUUCCUAUAAACUAUCAUCAAUUCUAAUAAUAAAAUAAUAAUUUUUAGUUUUUA